CUUUGUGAAAGCACAGAUCCACCCUUGGUACGUGGCCAAGCUGAAGCUGCAUAAAACUAGGCUUAGUUACAGCUCUCAGUCAUACACCUUCCUGACAACAUGAAGACCAGAAGCUUCUUGGUCCAGGUGGUGGUCCUUCUCAUCCUUGGGAUGCUGGUGGCAGAGGCAGCUGUCGUAACAGGUCGCCCAAAAGGUCAAGGCACUACGAAAGGAAAUGUUGUAGUCAAUGGAAAGGGUCCAAUCAACGGUCAAUAUCCUGUCAAAGGACAAGAUCCAGUGAAAGGUCAAGACCCAGUCAAAGGACAAGAUCUAGUGGUAGGACAAGACCGAGCCAGAUUUUUAUUCAAGCCUGGCUACUGUCCCAGGUUUCUGUACAAAUGCGUCUUGUGGAAUCCCCGUAACAAGUGUCUGAUAGAUGCUCAGUGCCCAGGGGCCAAGAAGUGCUGUGAAGGCUUUUGUGGGAAGACCUGUAUGGAUCCCCGGUGAGGUAGAGUCUUCUUGCUGCACCUGUGACAUCCCCAGGGAUGUAUGCCCCGGUGCCUGCCGCACGACCCUCUCCCAGACUGCCCCUUCUUCCUCUCAUUCAGGAGGCCCAAGCUUGAGCAUGGACUGCCUCCCUCAUGAACUUUCCAAUAAAAGACUGCUUUCAAUUCCA